AUGGAGGAUUUUCUUUUUAAAAAAUGCGUUUCGCCGGAUCGGAAAAAGAUAUCGGAGGAGGGAGGCAGAGGGGGCGUGGCAAUUAGCUGGUCCGGACCACGCCUCCUUGGGCGUGGCCUAUCCCCACUCCGCGACUCCCCCCACCCCGCGGCCGCCCGGCGGAGCCCCAUUCGGUGCCGGCUGGUCCGCCCGUCGACGUCCGAUGGAGAGAUGAUGGUGGAGAGCGGUGAGACGAGAUUGGCAGCUCGCCUCAGCUUCAGCAUCGAGAACAUCCUCAGCCCUGGAUUCGGUCUCAAGAAGCCGCCCGAAACGUCCGAGGAAACUGUCUGGCCGGCCUGGGUAUAUUGCACCAGAUAUUCUGUACGGUAA